AUGUCUGGUCUACAGCAUCUCAUUGACUUUGUGCUAAACGAAGUCGCUCUCUGCGGCGAUCAAGGAGCAAACCUACCCUAUGUUCUGCAAAAAAUUGAGGAGUUCCAUCAAAGUCAACAUCAAGAUGUGGCUGUGACGCAACAACAAAUCGACCCUCGCUUCAAAGCCAAGAUCUGGACUUGGCUCGUCAACAACCCUGAGGUGUCUGUGGGUCAGAACAACGAAUGGAAUCACCUUUCUCUCGAUGAAGCGUUGCAGAUUCAUUCAAAAUCAACAGAUAGCGGCAAGACCGGGAGUAAUGAUCCCCAAAUUCGAAUCUUCGUGUCAACAGAAAGAACCUGGCUUGCUGUCGCUGGUCAUGCGCCAGAUGAAUCCAAAGUGGUGCCCCUUGAAUUUGCUCUGCUGUCAAUCAUUGCUUCGCACAAGUCAAAAGGCAUUGCGCAGCCCGAUUUAGUCAAAAUCAGUGGCCAGGAUAAACGAUCUGUCCCCAAGCGUACGGACUCUUUACAGAGAAAAGGUUACAUCGAGAAGCGUCCCAUUCAGACAAAAGCCGCCAGAACCAGUCUCUGCACGUUGCGCCAAUUUCUUCAAACUGCUACACCAGCGGUCGAUCAAGCACAAGACCAAGAAUAUCAGCCACACGGGGAUGAUGCGCAGCCAUCUGCUAUGAUUGAUUUUAACAGUUUCAAUGACCAGCUGUUCGGCAUCCUCCGAGAACAUGGGAUUAUCGCCCGCGAUGAUCUUAAACGGAAGUUGGGGUUGAAAGACAGAUGGCGAUGGAAGGUUCUGUCUCGUGCAGUUCGCAAAUGGGAGCGGAUUGGUGUGUUGAAGCGUGUCAGAGCGGAGUCGCAGUACGAAAAAUUGCAUCCAUGCGUGAAGCUUGAACGAGAGCCCACAGCAACAGACCUUGAGCUGUUCCACGAAUUUAAUUUCGACAUCUUAAGCAAACAUGGGGUGGAAAAGGCGGGAGCGGCGAUUCCAGUUGGUCUGAGUCAAGAAGAGGACGUCGAAACUUCUUUUAAAAGUUUGCAAGCCCUCGAAGGUGAUACCGACCUGAUUAAAGAGGAGGGAGACGCCAUCCUCAGCAAAGAGAACGCCGAACCUACCCGGCGGAUUGUGCCAUGCUGGACGCCAGAUCGUAACCUCAACAAUCAAAUGUUCGACAUCAUCAACGCGACAGGUACCAAAGGCAUCACAAAUAUGAAACUUAUGCGGGUCUGUUUUGGAAACUUCUUUAAGAGACCUGCCGAGAACUUGGUGCAUCGUUUGGUCGACCUUUGGCAAGUGGCUCAGCCACUUCAUUUACGUCAUUUUGCUGUCGUUCGAGAUACGGGUAUGAACAAAACUAUCAUGUUCUAUGUUCACUAUUCAGCCUACAACUUCGCAAAGAUUGUUGAAACAGGCAGAGCAUCAUGGGAGGCUGUUGAGUUCCCAGCAGAGAAGGCCAAGAAGCUCAAAAUCAACGCUCCACCUUUUGGCACUGUUCCUGAACUUGAUUGUGAUGGGUUUCCUGCCAACCACCUUCCCAGGGGUCUCAUGAAAAAUCCAUAUUCGAGUCUACGCGACGGGAUUAUGGCUGCCAAACCCGCCGACUAUACUCUUUCCUCGAGUGACCCCUUUAUGGUUAUGCUUCCAGAUGGUCAAUAUGCGGUCAGAAGACGUCAUGACAAGCUUCCGCCUGGUACCAAGAAGGCAGAGGUCCGUCGUAAAUACACGACGGGACGGCCCACGGGACGGCCUAAAGGCAGACCCAGCGGUGCGAUGCUGGCCAAGCGUGCCAGAGAGUCCGAAGCCAAAGAGGAAAGAGAAUCGGCAUCCAAAGACUUGUCCCCCGAACUAAACGUCACUGAAGCCCAAGGCUGGGAAGAACGAGCGAAAAUCAAGAGCGAGAGUCUCAGAGGAUUGUCGAGAAAGGAGAAGCUUGAGGCACUUGGCAUGGAUGAGAAUUGGACCGAGUACAAUGCUCUUCUCAUGGACAAGCCUACUCCCGGCGUAUAUGUUACUCCCCAAGGCCGAAGAAGACCAGUUGGCAAGAGUCGUGGCCGCCCAAGAAACAGCAGAAUUGCGGUCUUCAAAUCUUCGAAAUUGCCAAAGUUCACUUGGUUUGUCAAGGACAAAAAUGAUUCCGACAAUGAAGAUUCAGAGGACGGUGCAAUGCUCUCUCAUCAUGCAUCCGUCGCACCUUCAACUGUUGAACCGGAGGCAUCCAUUGCGCCCACCCCGAAUAAUUUAAGCCCAACAAAGAGAGCGCAGCCAGAUCAAAACACCCCGGCUCCAUCCUCGCCACCUUCAGUCUCUAAUCCAAACAAUGCAGAUACUGAGCAACCAUCGAAAAGACCUCGUCUCAACAUAGCUCAAACCGAAAAUAGCGAAAAGGAAUUUGACACUGCCUCAUUUGUGGGAGUUAACCCCGCAACACAGGAUAUCAGCACACCACGCCAUCGCGACAAGAGUCUCAGCGUCCAACGUAUCGGGGAUGAGCAAAGUCGGACACCAUCAAAGCGACGUCGCCUAGGGUCCCGUGGCAUUGAGAAUACAGCCCCAAACCAAUUAUCCUCGCCACAUUCAGCUGCGCCCACAACUGGUUCAGGUCCAGCGAGAUUUAAAAAAGCAGCUUCAAUCGUUUCUGAUCGUAACAAGACACCACAACCAACUCUCUCCCGGCGCGUACCUCGAGGCCUCCGAGGGAAAGCUCUUACAGAAGAAGAGCAACAGCUAUUAGCAGCCCCUAAGCCUUUGAUUGAGAGAGGUGGUUCUAUCAGUGUUCUUCGGAGGAAAGUCAUCAUGGAAAUCAUGGAAAAGGCAGGUGGCGCGUAUCCCACCGGUGCUAUACUUUGGUAUCCUUUUGUCACACUAUGGAUGAAGAUGGGACAUAAAGAGAAACCUGAUAUGAAAACUGUCAAAAAUGCGAUCAAACAACUCGUUGAUGCCGGACAUAUUCGGCAAUUGACCUUUAGUGGCAAAGACAAAAAGGGCUCAAUGGUGACGAAGACAUUAUUGAUCAAAGCCGACAUGUCACCGGAAGACCCACUGGUGAAGGACAUGCAGAAGAAGUUCUUGGUCAUGGAUCCCUACGAAUCGCGACCGGUGGUCUGUGAAAACGUCGAAAUCGACCCAACAUUGACACGGAGUAGUGGUCGACCACAUGGCGAGCCACCGCGACGGCAAAAGUUCUCAUUUCCGGUGGAGCAAGGAGCCCAAUUCAAUCUACACCAGAAGCCUGCUUACGUGGUAAAUGAGGAGACAAGAAGAAUCAAGCAGAUCGAGAAGAGGUUCCUCAAACAGCUAGAAAUCGAAGCCGAGAUUGAAGCCCGGAUCACUGCUGCCGAACGGGAAGAGUUUGGAAUACCUGGAGUCAGGCGUCUCAUGACAAUCUCUCGCCCUCCAGCUUUAGAUUCUCAUGUUGCCCCGCAAACCUCAAUCAUGCGACCACACGUUGAUGUCAACGCACGUGAGCCUCAUAAGAGACGAAACCCUAUCAUCCGCGCGAACCGGAUGAUGAAGCCGAUAUCUUCCAUUGGGCCAUACGCCAUGUUAAUGAAACCACCACAGGAUUUCCAUGUGGCUACUGGAACCUUUUCUACAGGGUCGUACGUACUCAGGGGAAGGAAGCCGAAGAAAACACUGCCGAUUGUGAAUGUUCAGAAAUCUCUCAAUGAGCUCAACAGACUAGCUCGCUAUACUGAAAACUCGGCGCAAGCUUCAGAGACUUCCAAGCGCCAAUCAUUCACGAGCUUCGGAUCAAGAGCUGAGAAGAUUCUGAAAUGGGAGCUUGACAAUGAAAAUGUCUUUGAAAGAAAUCUCCAAGGUCAGCAGUUCAUCGACCAAGUGGUUCAAGACGACUUCGAGAGCGCGCCACUGGACGGAAACAUUCGCUUUGUAACCGAUAUGGCCCCUCCUCCACCACGGACUCCAGCGAAACCGUCUCCCCAAAAGCGUAGCGAAGCCCGUCGCAAGCAGAAAUCUCUACUCGAGCCUUCAUCGGCAGAAGCUUCCAAAGAACCGACCCCUAAACCCAAAUCCAAGCAGCGACGUGCUCGUCCUGCCACGGACCGGCGACUGGCUAAACUCGACGAUACUGCAACUACCACCACCACACCCGAGAAAGAAGCCCGGCCGGCCACCCGCCAGCGCUUCCGGCGACACAGAUCUCUGCGCACUUUGCCUGAUGAGAUGAUCCGAAAGAUGAUGAUAGCCGUGGUCGCUGUUCGCGUUCUUGCAGGUGGAGCGGAAUCAAGAGUGAUCGAUUGGCACCUUGUGACCACUGCAUUCCCAGACCAUGAGCCUUCGUUCAUCGAAAGCCGAGCGCGUCAAAUUCUCAACAAGAAUCGCUUGCAGAUGGCCAAGAUGCAGCGAGAUUUCCAAGAGCGUUUCCUUGAAGCUUAUGCAAAAGACGAGGUUCCUCGUAUUGAUUAUUCUGAUCUGCAGAGCUACGAUUGGGUUGCCCUUGUUGAAUGGGGAAACACCAAGCUUGAUGUUUCUACCUCUCAGCGGGUUCCAGACCUUCCUGCCACACGCGAACAAUUCGACAGCGUCUUUGAGCUGCGCGAGGAACCUAUCACCGCGGGCGACGAGCUCUACCAGGUUGUGCACGGCGUUACAGUUAACCACAAGCGUAACUUGAUGGCUCGUAAUCCAUUCGCUAUACCUCUAGAGCAGCAACCGAGCCCCAAAUUGACGCAACGAAAGGUAGAAAUGGCACAAAUCGAAAAUGCGAAAUCAUGGGUUCGCGCAAAUAUCAUCACCCCAGAAAAGACCUACCGACCCAACGAGGCAAAGGAUAUCCUGGAGCUCUUUGGCGAGCCACUCAUCACCAAUGCAACCCAGAUGUUGAUCAACGAACGUGUCAUCAGCUUAAUAAGCCAUGGUCCCUUGGGGCCGAGCCGCAACUACGAUAUCUCGGAGAACUUCUUGCAAGCACUUGGCCGCAAACGUGGCAUCGACAGCACCCAGCUCCGACGUGCUGUUGAGUUCAAAUCCGCAAUCUUGGACCCCGAGCUCCAGAAGACUGGCACCACCGAGCUCAGGUAUAAUGCAGAAGACGGUGAUAUCCUCGCCCUGAUCAACCUCUAUGCGACAGGCCAUAUUCAACUACAGCCCCAUGACGCCCCUCGCGAUAAGUUCGGUCUCACCGAUGGUGGGUAUCUCACCCGGCAGAUGGACAAGAAGCGUCUUCGCUUCCCCGUCAAGAUCAUCCCCACUGAAAAAUAUGUAUUCGGCAAUCCCGUCAAGGAUAAGGCUGCGGCUGUGAUCAUUCCACCAGCGCCUUCAGCAUCAGGCCCGGGCCAUCCACCCAAGAUCCCACUGUGGUACGAUAUCAACGGAGAGCUUGAGCAGCAUCUCUGGACGAUGGUCAUGGGCCCCAUCCUUGGAUCUCUGGUGAUGCGUCCGGGAGUCAACGCCCAAAGCAUUUCCAAUAUGAUCAAGCCCAUCAUGGGCGCUUGGGAAACCGUGAAGAUUUUGCAAUGGAUGGAGGAAGUGGGUAUUGUCAAGGCUGAUGGGGAAGGGGAGAAUGCUUGUUGGCGACUACAGGAGUCAUGGUGGAUGAUUCCCACCUAA